UUUUUAACUGAUUUGCCUUUCUAUGGCCGGAGGUUUGCUAGGGUUUGUUUUUCCUCUUCUCCGGCUGUUCGUUGCACUUCGACUUCGCCUGCUUGGUGUGAGAGGUAGAUUUGAACGAGAGGUGAAAUAACUUCUUCUUCGCUUCCGUCGACGACGUUCCUUCCUGUCGGAUCCAAAGUUACACCUCCUCGCCGUUCUUUUGUUGGAUCGGAAGUAAUCACGACGAGGGGAGCUUGCUCCUUGCGUAGCUAGAUUAGUUUGGGCCAAGAUGUAUGGGCGAAGAGCAUCUCAGCUAUUGAGGGAGUUGGCCGCCUGUGAGGCAGGACAGCUGACAGCGUUCAAUAGCGAUACAUUUGAGCAAGUCAUUAGAGAAUGCAAUGAGCAUAACUUACAGCUCCAGUCAUUGAUCAGGAAAAUCGAAGAUGCAAAUUUAGAUAUACAAACAACUAGAAAUGAGGAUCAUUUUGGAGCUGUUAUACACCACCUUUCUCUAUUACGCAACAAACGCUGUCUCAUGGCUUACAUGUAUAAUCGAGCCGAACUAAUUCAGAGCUUGAGAUGGAAGAUUGGCCCUGUUCUCCCACAAGAAAUACAAGAAAAACUAAAUUAUUCAGAAGAAGAGUAUUUUAAAAACCAUUCUGCAGCCAUAGAGUCAUAUAUGUCAGAGUUGGACCUCGAUUUGACAGUGGAUAUGGUUCCACCAAAGGAUCCUUAUAUCCGAGUAAAAGUCCUUGAUGACAUUGGCGAGUUGUGCCUGGGUGACCAUGCUAUCUCCCUUACUCAGCACUCGUUGCAUUUUAUUAAACGCACAGAUGCUGAGCCAUUUAUUUCACAGGGACUGAUGGAAGAGUUUCUUGAGUGAGGCUCGGCCGACGCUUAGCGACUGUAACAAUUAGUGAUUCUUUGCUGUAAUUGUGUCAGUCUUACAUGAUUGUAUUUCCUUGUUGUUGUUAAGUUUAUGAGCAUGAGAAAUAAAUAGAUCCAUUUCUCAUUUUAGUUGAGCUUUCAUGUUCUGGAACAGAUCAUGACAACCUAUUCUGGUGCUAUAAAUAGUUGUUUUAUGAUUGAUUUUUUUAUU